AUGGGUUCGAAUUCACUAGACUGUCUCGCUGGUUACCAGCCGUACCAGAUAUUCUCCCCAACUGCUUCCGAUGUUUGGUUUCUCGGGGAAAAUGUCACAAUCGCCUGGUUUGGAGGAAAAACACCAGUAGACAACACCACAGAAGAUAGUGUCGUCAUUUUCAUAUUUGGCGUGGAAGAUGGAGCGUCGAACGUUCCCUUAUUGCGCAAGUGUAUCUAUACUUCAGUGCAAUUCAAUUGGACUGUGCCACAGGACGUCAACUUCAACUCAUCUUCGUUCACCUAUUCUCUCGCCGUGACACGAUCCCUCGACGCAAGCGACUCCGAUUUGGGUGUUAGUCCCAAGUUUAGGAUUAACAAUGCAACCAACUUAUCGAGUAUCACGUGGCCUACGGCAACAACUUCUGCGCCGGGACCAAGCUCUACUAGUCUGUCAAGCGGUGCAGAGGUUGGCAUCAACAUUAGCGCUGCUAUGGUCCUGGCUCUUGCGAUGCUUGGAUCUUGGUUCUGA